GCCAAACCAGGCAGUACGGAGUAUAAUCUGCUGUGGUGCAGUUCACACCUGAAGCCCAGCACACUCAGAUUUAUGGCAGAUUUCCAAAAAAUCAACCAUUUCCCUAGGUCAUGUGAACUCACAAGAAAGGACAGGUUAUUUCGAAAUAUUCAGAGAAUGCAACUGAUGAAGGGUCACAGACACUUUGACUUUAUUCCUGCUAGUUAUGUCUUGCCUGGGGAUUAUCAUGAGUUUUAUGCACAUUUCCAGAAAAAUAAAGGCUUGUACAUUGUAAAGCCAGUGGCCUCGUCCCAAGGCAGAGGAGUCUUUCUUGUCAGUCAUCCUGAACAGGUACCGUUAGACGAACAUGUAAUCGUGAGCAAAUAUAUAUCAGCACCUCUAGUUAUUGAUGGUUUUAAAUUUGAUGUACGUUGCUACGUAGCUGUCACUUCAUAUGACCCUCUGGUCAUUUAUAUGUAUGAGGAAGGCCUUACUAGAUUUGCAACAGUCAAAUAUGAGAAGGACAUGAAGUACUUACGAAAUCAGUGCAUGCACCUGACUAACUACAGCGUCAACAAGCGGAGCCAGUACUAUGUGAGAAAUGCUGAUGCAGAUAUAGAAAACUUUGGCAAUAAAUGGUCGAUGAGUGCCAUGUUGAGGCACUUGAGGUCGACAGGAAAGGACACAGCAGCUCUGAUGAUGCAGAUUGAAAACAUUGUCAUCAAAACUAUCCUGUCUGCGGAAUCAUCCAUUGUUGCAGCAUGCAAUAUGCAUCAGCCAUUUAGAGGCAACUGUUUUGAACUCUACGGUUUUGACAUUCUUAUAGAUGAACAUUUGAAGCCCUGGGUUCUAGAAGUAAAUUUCUCCCCUUCCCUGGCAUGCGAUACUCCUCUUGAUUUGAAAAUAAAGAGCAACAUGUUGUGUGAUUUAUUCAGUUUGGUGGGUGUUAUUUGCCAGGAUCCAACAGCAAAAAGAUGGAUAAAAUCUACCAGACAGAGAAGAAUCAUAGACAAAACUACUGGAAAAUCAGCAGUGGAAUCAGAAGAGAAGGAUUUAAACAUUCACAUGACUGGUCUCAACAGCGAGGAAAUCAAGAUUCUGCGCAGAGUCAAGGAAGAAGAAUCCAGAAAGGGUGGUUGGAUCCGGAUUUUCCCAAGUGCUGAUAGCUGGGACAAAUAUGGACAUUUUUUACAUUCCCCCGAUGCACACAACUUAAUGUUACAUCAGAGACUCUUUCCUGACAG